AUGCCUCGAGAAGCCGAGCCGUCUCUUCCUGAGAAGACAUUUCUCAUUCAGGCUCUGGACGAGGGCUUGCGGCUGGACGGGAGGAAAUUCGACCAGUUCCGACCUCUGGAGCUCACCUUUGGCGAUGAGUAUGGUGUGGCUGAGGUCAAGUAUGGAAAGACAAGAGUAUUAGCCAAGGUCACGGCAGAAGUCACGGUGCCCUAUUCAGACCGUCCUUUCGACGGAGUUUUCACAAUCACUUCAGAGCUCAGCCCCAUGGUCGCCCCUUCAUAUGAGGUCAACCGUCCUUCACUAGAAGAAGUCCUUCUCUCGAGGCUCCUCGAGAAGACGAUCCGGAGAUCUGGCGCUCUCGAUACCGAGUCACUCUGUCUCAUUGCGGGCCAGAAGUGCUGGUCCAUCCGCGUUGACCUGCACGUCCUUACACACGAUGGAAAUCUCACAGACGCGGCAUGCUUGGCUGUUGUCGCAGCUCUUCGACACUUCCGAAAGCCCGACUCGAGCAUCGAGGGCGAGAAUCUCACAGUCUACACACCCGCGGAGAGGGAGCCCGUGCCCCUGAGUUGGCUACACUCGCCCUUCUGCGUCACCUACAGCUUCUUUGGCGAGGAGGGCAACCAGGUGCUCGUCGACGCCAACUGGCUGGAGGAGCAGUUGCGGGUGGCCUACUGCACGUACAGCCUCAACAAGCACGGCGAGAUCUGCCAGAUUGCCAAGCUUGGGGGCACCUCUCUGGACGCGCCGCUAUUCAUCCAGUGCGCGCAGGGGGCGCUGAACCGGUCCAAGGAACUGAGCGACCUGGUGGAUCGCAAGCUGGCCGAGGACGCCAAGCGACGAGACAAGGGAGGGUUGAUGGCGGAGUUGACGGCGGAAAACGACAGGUGA